CCACACCACCUUCUUUCGUCAAGAAUUCAACUUCAAUUCAUUCAUUCACCCAUGGCGGCUUCUUCAACCUCUUUGUUUCUGGUUUUCUCCUCACUCUUAAUCUUCACCUCUCUUCUUUACGUAUCAGAUGCAGAUUACUCAGCGCCCGUUAUGAAAGGAUUGUCAUGGGAUUAUCACCAUAAGACUUGUCAUAAGCUCGAAAAAAUCGUUCGAAAACAUCUCAAGAAAGUGUUCAAGGAGGAUGUUGGUCAAGCCGCUGGCUUGCUUCGCCUUCAUUUCCAUGAUUGCUUCGUUCAGGGAUGUGAUGGUUCAGUGUUGUUGGAUGGAUCACAUGGCGGACCAAGUGAACAAACAGCACCUCCAAACCAAAGUCUAAGGAAACAGGCAUUCAUCAUCAUCGAAGAUCUUCGGAAUUUGAUCCAUAAAGAAUGUGGUAGAGUCGUAUCUUGUGCAGAUAUUGUAGCUCUAGCAGCUCGUGAUGCCGUUCAUUUGUCAGGUGGGCCCGACUACGAUGUUCCAUUGGGAAGAAAAGAUGGACUGACAUUCGCCACACAAAACGCAACCCUAGCCAACCUUCCGGCACCAACAAGCAACGCCACCACCAUCCUCUCCGCUCUUGCCACCAAAAACCUCAACCCCACCGACGUAGUGGCGCUCUCCGGCGGCCACACCAUCGGAGUUAGUCACUGCUCAUCCUUCACCCCUCGUCUCUACCCCACCCAAGACCCCACCAUGGAGAAAACCUUUGCUCAUGGACUCAAAGAGGUUUGUCCCACAAACACCACUGAUGCAACCACCGUCAUGGAUAUCUAUUCUCCAAUCAAGUUUGACAACAAGUAUUAUGUCGAUUUGAUUAACCGACAAGGUCUUUUUACUUCCGAUCAAGAUUUGUACACUCAUAAAGAGACCAAACCAAUCGUGGAAAGUUUUGCACAUGAUGAGAAGUUAUUCUUUGAGAAAUUUGUGCAAGCCAUGAUCAAAAUGGGACAAUUGGAAGUGUUAACCGGUGGAAAAGGUGAGAUUCGUGCUCAUUGCUCGAUUAGGAAUCCCGAUAACAAGGGGUAUUUCUCGUACUUGGCAGAAGAGGAGGACCAAUACGAUCUUGAGUCGAAGGCAGAACUACGUUGAUGGAUGAUAUCAACACGAUAUGUUGUGGUUCGUUGGCUUGUCAUUAUGUACAAUUUUUUUUUUUAAUUUAAUAAGUGUUUAUUACGGCUUAAAAUGUGUAUUUAUUGUCAUUUUGUGUACUUUUGUAUACUUUCUAGUGUGAAAUAAUAUGGUAACGAGCAUCAUAAUGAAAAUUUCUAGUUACGGAUUA